AUGGCACCCCUCGCACCGGCCGCUUUGCUGCACUCCCUCUUCCGCCGAGACGACGAUGCCGGUGUAGGCUCCUCCUGCGACGGAGUCAACGGCCCUUGUAUUGAGGUCGUCUGCGCCUGGCCGCUGUCAGGUCAAUAUGGUUUCGGCCAGCGGAUCUUAUACUACAUCCUCGUCGUCGUCUGUGUCGUUGCCCGAAAGGAGGAAUGGAUUCGGGCUGUCUGUCAAGCAGCCGCACUGCUCGUCCCCGCUGUAGCUGCCAUCCAUGGUAUCGUCUUGGCAUCGAUGCACGUUGAUGGUGCCACAGACAUGGACAUAUACGGGGCCCUGCAGUUUUGCUCAAUUGGCAUUUUAGCGGCACCCGUGACUGUGAAGCUAUCGUCAACCUUCUUCUACGACCCAGGGAGAAACAUCAUCUUCCUGUGGACGGGCCUCAUUCUGUCCGGUCUGCUAAGUUUGGCCGUCGAAUUUUAUCGCUCCAAUACCCAUCCAUGCGCGACUGGGAACAGCUUAAUUCCGAGUCUUAGGAGUUUCCCCUAUGGAGAGGAAGAUCUAUGCGGCCUUGUUUGCUCUGAAGAUAGGGGCCCGUUUUCCAGUCUGCGGCAAGGUGCGACAAGUGAGAUUUAUGUCGUUCCUAAGCCUGCGACGCUUCCUUUCGGCAUGGCCAUGUUCCUCGCCGCCGCCGAAUGUGUUCCGGCCAUUCUCUCGUUGGUUUCUAUGUGGAACAAGAUUUUGGAGAUCAAUUGGAAACGAGGGAAAGGGUCUCCAGACAAAGAGCGGAUAGAGGACCAGGGCAUCAUCCCUGGGACGAAUGGUGCCACUUUGAAAGGCAUGAAGGACGUCAACCAGGCCAUCAGAUCACUCUUGAGUGCCGUUGAGGUUCCUGUUUUUGGGGGUGCCUGGCUUGCUGUUCUCAUCAUAGGCGAGAUCAACUUUUGGAGCCCCCAAGUCAACUAUCACACGGAGCCGAUUAGUAACAUUGGUUGGUGGCCCUCUGCUUUCCGGGAACUGCCUUAG